GUUCAACGCAAAGUACGACCUACGAGGAAAGCAACAAGUCGGAUCUCAUGUGAGAGGGAACAAGGAGUUUUCGUAACGGUCAUGGCAAAUCGUAAAACUUCAAACAAAGUGUCGCUGCUAGCCCAAAUUUUAAACGAAGAGAAUGUUCGACGGUAUAGAUGAGGGAAUGUGAACGGGAGGUGAACGAAGAGGGGGUGCGGCGGGCGUCAUCACAUCUAAAACGAGGUGGAGAAAGCAACAUGAAAAAAGUGACAACUGGUAAAAAAAAAAAAAAAAAUGAAGUGCUAUACGUAUAUGUCUUUUGUGCCACUUAA